UUACCACGUACCACCUCAACACGCCGUGUUUGAUCUGCACGAAAAGAAGGCGAGACAAACUUUGCUAUCACAAUCAACCAAUAGCAAGUUCCCUUCGGUCCCCGCGUCACGUGAUGGGGGAGGCCCGGGAACCUCCGGCUCGGCUUCGGCGGCCGCGGGACGCUUGCGCUUCCGGGUCGGGGUUGCGUGCCGGAAGCUGCUGAGAGCCAUGGCAACGCAGGGUGAGCCGGAGGGUGAGUUCCAAGCCCGGCUGCAGCAAGCCGUCCGCUACAAGUCCGAGGGCAACCAAUACUACAAGCAGAAGAGGGUUCGGGAGGCCAUCAGCAGGUACCACUGGGCCCUCAUGCACCUGAGGGGGCUGGACCCCCAGGAGCCCUCACCGGCGCAGGCCUUUGGGGCCGAGAAGGGCAAGCUCACGGCCGAGGAGACCGAGCUGCUCCACACCAUCGAGUGCGACUGCUACAACAAUCUGGCUGCCUGCCUGCUCCUGUCGGAGAAGGUGAACUACGAGCGUGUGAGGGAUUACUGCCUGAGGGUGUUGCAGCGUCAGGGGGACAACAGCAAGGCCCUGUACCGGGCAGGGGUGGCCCUCUACCACAUCGGCGACUACGAGCAAGCCCUGAGCCACCUCAACAAGGCCGCCAAGAUCUGCCCCAACGAUGCGAACGUGAGACGGUUCAUCCAGCAGGCGGAGCAGCACCUGAGCCGGUAUCACCAGAAGGAGAGGUCGAUGUACAAGAGCAUGUUCGGCAAAUGACGGCGGAGCCCGGAACUCCGGGGGUGCCUCGCGAGCUUUGGUGAGCUUGUGACCCACGGACAGUCCCGCCACAGUACCGGCCUGAGGAGGAAGAUUCACGAGUGCCUGAAGGCCCCUCACCGGAGUCCGCGCUACCGCGGAAGUCUGCUCUGUAAUGUAACCUUCCAACUUCAUCUGGAACUUUCUAACAGUCAGAAUCGUGUUUGAUAUGUUUUUAUUCCUUUACGGAGUCAUCCUAUUCCUGCCACCCACCCCCAAGUGAGUGAUUACACUCAGUGGACACUUUAGCAAAGUAGCCACUGAGUGAACGGACCUUCUGUACGGCCUGAGACACAAUCUGGUGGAUAAAGCAGUUUUUAUAGUA